GGACCCAGACGGACAUGGUACUGGAUUCCAUCUUACCGUAUCUGUGCUGACAUCAAGAGGCCUGAGAAGAAGUCCAUUUUUAGAGUGACUUCUACUACUGUAGUACAUCCGAUGAACAGAUUUGAAUGGCGCUCAAGCAUGAAAAAAGAAGAAAAUGACAGCAUCAUCCUCACCCUUGAAGACCUCUACAUGAAUGACUCCGGUAUUUUCUACUGUUCCGAUGGCAGGCUGGAUUCACCAAAAAUCAAAGUCUCUGUGAAACCUGGUUAUCAAAAUGAGAUUGUUGCUGAAUAUUCCAAGAAGCCCCAGGGGAGGCAUUGGAGAGUAAACCUUACCUGUAACUCCUGUGCGAACAAGACACUUGUCAAAACUGAUGGAAAUGACACCAUUACAUGGAAGUUAAAUGGCAAGGAUGUUCCCAAGAGAAUAAUUAUCCAGAAAUUGAAGAAUAUCAUUCAAAUAACAAAUAAUCCUAGACACUCUCAUGGUCUCUGGGAAUGCAGUGAUCAAGCAUGCCCAGGACAAUCUGAUGGUUACUGUUUGGAAAGUGUUCCAGGAACUUCAGAGGAAUUUGGGAAUAAGGAGACUUACUUCUUUUCCACAAAGUCACCAGGUACAAAGAAGGGAGAGGUUGACCCACGUGUGAUUGGCGGCUGUGUUGCUGGACUCCUUGCUCUUCUCUUGGUGGGUGUAGUUGUUUUUGUCACCUGCAGGAGGCGCUCGUCACACAACACCAGCCCCAGUGACACGACAAAAGAGCAGGAAGCGCAAGGUAGCAAGCCCUCAACUGUAACAGAAGGAUCUCCAAAGAGAAGAAACAAGGAGGACUCUGGAACUGCUAACCCUACCUCCACAGAGCACGAAGCAGCAGGAAUCCAGUACUCAAUGUUACAAUUCAGAGAGACUGGUGGACACCAGAACCAGAUGGAUAAGGAAAUGGUCAUUUAUGCUGAAAUGCCUGCUAACACUUGAUCAACAGUACUGGUCAUCUUAAUUUAUUCCGGGAGGUGAAUAAAUCAAGCAGAACAAUUCCUCUGAUGAACUUAUCAUGGAUUUCUACAAGCAUUUUACAGCACAGAGCUGGUUGGGGACUGCUGAGAGUUGUAGGACUUUUUCUGUCUAAGCAGGCAUAGGAUUGCGCCAUUAAUUGCUUACGAUGUCAGGAAACCUGAUAUUACUACAAUCAAAAGAAAUGUUAGCCUAUGAAUGGUAUACAGCAGGAAGGAUGACUUGACAGCAGUGAACUUUACUGCGGUCAGAGAAGGCAGACAAGUGGCAGAAACAUCUGAAAAGAAAUGUCCUCUCUUUCGAAUUCAAAAUACAGAAACAAGAUGUAUUAUCGUAACAUUUCUUGUAUUCCUUCAUAUACCUACAAUACUUGAAUUUAUCUAAAC